AUGGGAGUAAAGAUGUCGGUUGCAAGAAGUAUGCGCCGAGCUCAACAAACGCAAGACAUCUUGGAAGCGAUGGCUAAAGACGAUUUCGAUGAGCUCAAGAGAUUAGCAAAACGUCCUGAAGGCUUCGUAGAUGAUAAGCUGAGACAAUAUGUGUGGUAG